AUGGACGCCGGUGACCUGCAGCAUAGAGUGUGCCGGCUAAACUGGUUGGCUGAGAGUGCUCAAGAAGGUGUGCAAGACCAGUGGGAGCGCGUAAUGGGUAACCUGCUUGAGCUGACCAAUCAGGCAGCACCCGAAAAAAGGGUAAGACGCCGUGGCAAAUUGCCCUGGUGGAGGGCACGUAUCGAUAAAGCAAUGCGCGAAAAGGACACGUGGCAGCGCUAUCGAAGCUCGGGAUGUUUUCGCGCUCAGUAA